AAGCUAUGUAGAUGGUGUUUAUAGGUUGUUCAGUGUAGUUUUACGUGCCAAAAGAAUUUUUUUCGGUCGUGAGAAAGUUUGUAAUUAGUUACAGAACAACCAUGGCAGGCGCUAAUACCACCACCACCACCACCACCCAAUUAACCAUCGACGGCAGUGUGGCGCCGGAAGUUAACACCCGAGAGCUCCACGAGCCAAAGGAGCGCGAAAAGUGGGGCCGUGGCAUCGAGUUCCUGCUCUCCUGUAUCGCCCUUUCCGUUGGGUUCGGCAACAUUUGGCGCUUCCCGUACACGGCCAUGCAAAACGGCGGUGGAGCGUUCCUCAUUCCCUACCUGAUAGUGCUGUUCCUGGUCGGCCGACCGCUCUACUAUCUCGAGAUGGUGAUGGGUCAGUUCGCGAGCCGGGGCUGCAUCAAGGUGUUCGAUGUCGCACCGCUAAUGCGUGGCGUAGGCGUCGGCCAAACGCUUGCCCUGCUGCUGAUACUGGGCUACUAUGCGGCCGUACUUUCCAUCUCGGUGCGCUACUUUGUUGCCUCGUUCGGCAGUCCACUGACCUGGGCUCGCUGUGAGCCGGACUGGAGCGGGUGUGUCGAUUCGGAGUUUAAGGGGCGCGUGCAGAACGCCAGUUUAAGGCCAUCGGCAGAGUAUUACUUUAAUCGUACCGUGCUUCACAACUUCUGGACGGUGGAAGACGGUAUUGGAGUACCGGACUGGAAGCUGGCUGUUUGUUUGCUGUUUUGCUGGAUCUGUAUCACGGGUAUACUGAUUAAGGGUAUUCGUAGCUCGGGGAAGGCUUCUUACUUUUUGGCCAUCUUUCCGUACGUGAUACUGUUGGUGUUGCUGGUACGCACCUGUACGCUGGAGGGAGCGGACCAGGGCAUACUGUAUCUGAUGAAACCGCAGUGGGAGAAGCUGAUAGACGUGCAGGUUUGGUAUGCUGCCGUAACUCAAUGCUUCUUUUCGCUCACAAUAUCACUCGGUUCGGUUAUCGUGUUUGCUUCGUACAACAGCUUCACCAACAAUAUUUACCGUGAUGCUAUGAUCAUCUCCUGGCUCGAUACCUUCACCUCGAUUGUGUCGGGCAUCGUUGUGUUCGGUAUCGUCGGCAAUAUUGCACACAUCACCGGUAACCGGGUCGAGGAUAUGCAGCUGCAGGGUCCCCAGCUCACCUUCAUCACGUAUCCGGAUGCGAUCGCCAAAUUCGAUGCCGCCCAGAACGUGUUUGCUGUGCUGUUUUUUCUUAUGUUUUUCCUACUCGGGCUCGGUAGCAACACGGGCAUCGUAACGACGAUCGUGACGGCGGUUCGCGAUCGGUUCCCCCAGCUGCCCAACUGGAAGGUGGUGAUUUCGAUAGCGAUCUAUGGGUUUUGCUGUGGGUUGGUUUACAUUACACCGGGUGGAUUACACGUGUUGGAUGUGGUAGACAAGUACGGUGUUACAUUAACGACGCUAACGCUGGUAAUGCUGGAGAUUGUAACGUUCUGCUGGAUGUACGGUGUGGAGCAAAUUGGGCAUGACAUUCAGCUCAUGUUGAGCCGGAAGACUGGUGUAUUUUGGCGAGUUUGCUGGAGCUUUGUGACGUUCGGUAUCAUUGCCGUUAUAUGGGUGUUUAGCUUCAUCCAGUACACGCCACUCCCAGUUCCGCUGGGUAUGACCGUAUUUGGUUGGUGUCUGUAUGCAUUCGUAAUCAGUCAAGUUGCAAUUUGGGCUGUGUAUGCCUUAUGCGAACGAAAAGAAGAAAAACUAUUGGACAGAAUCAAAGCUGCCUGUCAGCCAACGUCCGAUUGGGGACCAGAAGACUUUACCGUGCGUUCACAAUAUCGAGCCGAGCGUUUCAAACGUUUGGAGGAAAAUCGAGCCCAAAGUGUUGGUGUCGGGAAAUGUGUACUGCGAAAGAUACGCAACACAUUUUUUCAAAAAUAGUUACAUUUUCAUAAGGUAUCAAUUGUAUGUAUUUAAGAAUAGAUUUUGACAUUCUGUAAAGCUUUACAGGCUGGAGAUUAUUGAGUAAUAAAUUUAAA